AUGCAAGAUGGAGAUAGUGCCUUCUUCUUCUUGUCUAUGGAUGGCCACAUGACCACUCACAGCACACCAGCUUUUGUCCCUAAUAGUCAAUCCUCCUCCUCAAGCACUCAUAACCAGUCACCCUUCAGCAACAAUAACAAUCAGCCUUUUGAUAAUAGCCAACCACAGCAUUCUAACAAUAAAAACAGACCGCCAGUUUCAAACGGUAACACACAGUCAAUAUUCUCCUCUGAUAACAUUAACAACCAACAACAAUUCUCAAAUGACAGGCAGUCACCUUUUGAUAACAAACAAUCUCCAUUUAACACUGAUAACAGACACUCGCCAUUUGAUAACAGGCAACCACAAUUGGGUAACAAUAACAAACAACCACAAUUUGGAAGUGAUAACAGACCACAGUUUGGCAAUGAUAACAGACCACAGUCUGAUAGGGAUAAUAGACCACAGUUUGGCAGUGAUAACAGACCACAGUUUGGCAGUGAUAACAGACCACAGUUUGGCAAUAAUAACAGACCACAGUUUGGCAGUGAUAACAGACCACAAUUUGGCAACAGUAACAGACCACAAUUUGGCAAUGAUAACAGACCACAGUCUGACAGAGAUAACAGACCACAGUUUGGCAAUGAUAACAGACCACAGUCUGACAGGGAUAACAGACCACAGUUUGGCAAUGAUAACAGACCACAGUUUGGCAAUGAUAACAGACCACAGUUUGGCAAUGAUAACAGACCACAGUUUGGCAAUGAUAACAGACCACAGUUUGGCAAUGAUAACAAACCACAGUCUGACAGGGAUAACAGACCACAGUUUGGCAAUGAUAACAGACCACAGUUUGGCAAUGAUAACAGACCACAGUCUGACAGGGAUACAGACCACAGUCUGACAGGGAUAACAGACCACAAUUUGACCACAGUUGACAGGGAUAACAGGACCACAGUUGGCAAUGAUAACAGACCACAGUUUGGCAAUGCUAACAGACCACAGUUUGGCAAUGAUAACAGAUCACAGUCUGACAGGGAUAACAGACCACAGUUUGGCAAUGAUAACAGAUCACAGUCUGACAGGGAUAACAGACCACAGUUUGGCAAUGAUAACAGACCACAGUUGACAGGGAUAACAGACACAACCACAGUUUGCAAUGAUAACAGACCACAAUUUGGCAACGAUAACAUGCAUAACAGACCACAGUCUGACAGGGAUAACAGACCACAGUUUGGCAAUGAUAACAGACCACAGUCUGACAGGGAUAACAGACCACAGUUUGGCAAUGAUAACAGACCACAGUCUGACAGGGAUAACAGACCACAGUUUGGCAAUGAUAACAGACCACAGUCUGACAGGGAUAACAGACCACAGUUUGGCAAUGAUAACAGACCACAGUUUGACAAUGAUAACAGACCACAGUCUGACAGGGAUAACAGACCACAGUUUGGCAAUGAUAACAGACCACAGUCUGAUAGGGAUAACAGACCACAGUUUGGCAAUGAUAACAGACCACAGUUUGACAGGGAUAACAGACCACAGUCUGACAGGAAUAACAGACCACAGUCUGACAGGGAUACCAGACCACAGUUUGGCAAUGAUAACAGACCACAGUUUGGCAAUGAUAACAGACCACAGUUUGGCAAUGAUAACAGAUCACAGUCUGACAGGGAUAACAGACCACAGUUUGGCAAUGAUAACAGAUCACAGUCUGACAGGGAUAACAGACCACAGUUUGGCAAUGAUAACAGAUCACAGUCUGACAGGGAUAACAGACCACAGUUUGGCAAUGAUAACAGACCACAGUUUGGCAUUGAUAACAGACCACAGUCUGACAGGGAUAACAGACCACAAUUUGGCAAUGAUAACAGACCACAAUUUGGCAAUAACAGACCACAAUUUGGCAACGAUAACAGAUCACAGUCUGAUAGGGAUAAAAGACCACAGUUUGGCAGUGAUAACAGACCUCAGUUUGGCAAUAACAGACCACAAUUUGGCAAUGACAACAGACAUCCACAGUUUGAAAAUGAUAGCAAACAACCAUUCACCACUGACAAUGAACAAUUAUUAUUUGAUAAUGAGAAUAGACAAUCACAAUUUCAUAAUGAUGGCCAACAAUCAUUCCACGGUGAUAACAGACAACACUUCAAUAAUGAUAACAGACAGUCUCAUGGCAAUAACCAACCAUCAUUUUCCAAUGAAAACAAACUCCCAUUCUCAGACAAAAAACAGUCACCUUUUGCUAACGGUGAAUCACCACCUCCCAAGGAGGAUAAUCAGCAAACACUCACAAACAAUAACCAGCAAUUUACCACCAACAAUCAGUCUCCUUCAACCACAGGCCAAAUUUCAACCGAUAACAGACCAUUCACUAGUUCUGAGAACCAGUCAUCCAACAAUCAGCUGUUUGCUAACAAAAACAGGCAGUCACAUGAGCCAAACACGUCUUCUGUCAUUGUUAACCAAUCAUCUUCAAGUGGUGAGCCAGGUAAUACACAAGACAUUUCAUCUGUACCUACUGUCAGUGAAUCUUUUACCCAAAAUAAUGAUGACUCAACACCUUCCAACAACAUUCAGCCCCUAACUGUAACCACACCUGAACCGGUUGUCCCUCAGACCAAUCAGCCAGUCACUGAAACAAGUAAUAACUCAGAAUCCCCAGAUCAAAAUAAGCAGUCCUUCACUGUAUCUACAACCGAAACACCAGUCUCUGAUAGCAGGAAGCCCUCCAUUAUAUCUAGUGCUGGAUCAUCUGCAACAAACCCUAACCAGCCUUUCAUUAUAACCAACACUGAGUCAUCAGUUCCCAAUAAUGACCAAAUCUUUUUUGGUGGUAAUGAUUCACCAAUUGUUCACAAUAACCAACCAUUCAUUGUAACUUCCACUGACUCACCGGUUACUAAUUCACCCUUCAUUAUCACCAACACAGACUCGACUAUCCUUGGCACUAACCAGCCUUUCAUCAUAACCUCCAGUGAAUCCCCAAUCCCAAGUACCAGUCAGCCAUUUAUAACUACCUCUGAGUCCCCACUCCAAGGCAGUGGAGCAUUAGUCACAACUAACAGUGCAUUGGAUAGAGAUUCUUCAACAUCUAGGGAUGACCUAUUUGCCAACAUCGUCAGUAACUCUCCCUUCACUUUCCACAACAGCAAUCCACAUUUUCAAGGUAAACCUUUCAUAGAAACGACAUUCAUCACAGAAGACGGCUCAUUCAUUAGCUCAGUAGAUAACCCCAUUUUCCCAAGUAACAUUGAUGGAUUUUUCUUUGACACCAAUACCCAGUUGCCUUUUACAAGCACUGGUAGUAAUUUGUUCCCUGCAACUGGAAGUCAGUCCCUGAUCCCCAAUACAGAGAACAAAUCUCCACUGCCUAAUACAGAUAGCCAAAUUCCCAUUGUUACCACGCAGAGCCAGAUAUCGUUAGCCGAUACUAGUAGCCAAUUUCCGUUCCCUAACAAUGGACAAGCUCCAUUCUCGAAUCCCAGCAAUCAGCCUCCAAAUAUCACUCCAAAUGGCCAAGUUCUACUCUCUAAUGCAAACGGUCAGGUAGUAUUUUCGCCGACACCUUUCUUCCAGUCGACAACACCAUCUCCAGCGACCCCAGUACCCAAAACUCCUUUCGCACAUUCAAAUUCUCCAGCAUCAGUACCAUUUUUCCAAUCAACAACACCAUCUCCGGCAUCUCCAGUGCCAACUGCAACACCUUUCUCCCAUUCAACAUCUCCAGCAUCAUCAAGACCAUUUUUCCAGUCAACAACACCACCUCCAGCAUCACCAGUACCCACUACAACACCUUUCUCCCAUACGACUUCUUCGCCACCGUCAAGACCAUUUUUCCAGUCAACAACAUCAUCUCCAGCAUCACCAGUGCCCACUACAACACCUUUCUCCCAUUCAACAUCUCCAGCAUCAUCAAGACCAUUUUUCCAAUCAACAACAUCAUCUCCAGCACAACACCAUCUCCUGCAUCUCCAGUGCCCACUGCAACACCUUUUCUCCCAUUCAACAUCUCCAGCAUCAUCAAGACCAUUUUUCCAGUCAACAACACCAUCUCCAGCAUCACCAGUGCCCACUACAACACCUUUCUCCCAUUCAACACCUCCAGCAUCAUCAAGACCAUUUUUACAAUCAACAACACCACCUCCAGCAUCACCAGUGCCCACUACAACACCUUUCUCCCAUUCAACAUCUCCAGCAUCAUCAAGACCAUUUUUCCAAUCAACAACAUCAUCUCCAGCAUCACCAGUGCCCACUACAACACCUUUCUCCCAUUCAACACCUCCAGCAUCAUCAAGACCAUUUUUCCAAUCAACAACACCACCUCCAGCAUCACCAGUACCCACAACAUCCUCCCAGCCAACAUUUUCAGCUUCAUCAGUACCCAAUAUAACACCCUUCUUCCAAUCAUCAUCGCCAUCUUCAGCACCAGUAGUACCCACUUCAACACCUUUCUCCCAGCCGACAUCUUCAGCAUCAUCAUUACCUGGUAUAUCACCAUUCUUCCAAUCGACAACACCAUCUCCAGCAUCGCCAGUACCUACAACUACACCUUUCUCACAUUCAACAACACCAUCUGCAUCACCAGUACCGACAACACCAUUCUUCCACUCCACAUCUCAAGGUUCUACAGCAUCACCAGUAUCUAACACAACUCCUUUCUUCUUCUCAACAACACCAUCUUCAGCAUCACCAGUACCCACUACAACACGUUUUUCUUCAUCACCAUCAUUCCCUACAACACCAUUUGCUGCCACUGCCAACCGAUCUCCAUUCUCCAAUCCCAAUAACACAUUUAUCACAAACAGUCAAACACCAUUCUUCGCCAAUGCCAAUCAGUUACCAGCAUUUGAUACGAAUCAAGGAUCAUUCCAUAGUGCCAAUAACCCAGCACCAUUUGCUAACACUAACAACCAAGCACUGUUCCCUAACACUAACAGCCAGACACUGCUGACUAAUACGAAUAACCAAGCAUCAUUCCCUAAUACUAACAGCCAAAUACCUUUCCGUAUUCCGAACAGUCAACCACUCUUCCCAAUCAGUGCCAACAGUGGAUCCACCCUUACUAGUCCUUCCUCUCAGUUUUCUUCAUUCCCAACCACCCAGUCCUCUAUUCCUGCCAACACAACCCCUCAACCUGCCAUCACAACCCAUCGUCCUGCAUCCAGGUUCCCUCUUCCUGCCACUACUUCUCCUCAACCCAUUUUCCCAAGUGCCCAACCUGCUAUCACAACCCACCGCCCAGCCACUAGAUUCCCCCUUCCUACUGCUGCUUCGCCCCAUCCCCUCUUCCAAACCUCUCAACCUGCCAUCACUACCCAUCGCCCUGCCACCAACUCCCCUCUUCCAACUACGAGGUCCCCUCCCCGCGUAUCUCGUCCUGGCCGCACUAGAGGCCGUCCCACUGCCACCUCUCGCCCUCGCUCCCGCUCUACCCAGGCCCCACUCUCUCGCCCCACUGCCAACAGGCAUGCCCAGCUUUCCCCUAACCCCCCGCCUGCCCCUGUCCCCGCUGGAGCCAACCCCUUCCAAAGGCCCUCCUCCUUCCUCGUCCCCAACACCUUGCCAGCAUAA